CAAAAAUCAUCUAUUUACUUUCCUAGCGCCACCUUCUGAUAAGACACUCGAUCUUUACGAUUUGAUAGAAAAGCAAUGGAAGGUUCGGAAGAUGGUUGCAAAAAACGGGAUGUUCGAUUAUUCUUCAUAGGCCAUCCUCUUCUUGACCUCACAACCCCUGGUAAUCCAGAACUCUUGCAGAAAUAUGGUUUAGAAGCGGAUGGUAGUGCUCGACCUGUAGCAGAGCAUGAGCCUCUCUUUCACUACCUUUUCAAACAUCCAGACACUCAACUAUUGCCUGGCGGUUCAGCUCAGAACAGUGCUAGAAUAGCCAAUUGGGUUUUGGGAGAUAGAGGCAAAGUAUCAUUUGCAGGUUGCGUUGGUGAUGAUGAAUUCGGAUCAUGGAUGGCAGAGCAUCUGCGGUCGGAGGGGGUGAAACCUUUAUAUGCCAUCGACUCUUCUAAGCAAACAGGAGUUUGUGCAUGCCUCCUAACUCCUGGCAAUCAUAGAUCCUUAGUUGCCAGGCUCUCGGCAUCUGCUAGUUUCAGCAGAAGUCAUCUAUUCUCUGAAGACAUACUGGCAGAAGUGAAAAGUGCAAACUGCAUUUUCGUAGCGGGUUAUUUCCUGGCGCACUGUAUUGAUGCCGUAUUUGCAUUGAUUGAACUUUGCCAAAACGAGGAGCAACUGUUCUGUUUGAGCUUGUCGGCCGAAUACGUAUGUCGUGAACACACCGAGGUCAUACUUAAAGUGAUGCCGAGGGUUGACGUACUUUUCGGUAACGCUGAGGAGGUGAAGGCUUUGGCCAGGGCCAUGCACGAGGACAAGGAAAUCACAGAUCUGGAAGAUGCCAUCCAAGAUAUAGCUGCUCUUCCCAGAGAACAAUAUCAACGCAAAAGGAUCAUUAUUGUUAGCAGCGGAGCAAAACCAGUACUGGUAUAUGUGGGAUCGGAAUGUCUUUACAAGAUCCAAGUACCAACUGUAUCUGUUGUGGACAGUGUGGGGUGUGGUGAUGCAUUAGCUGGUGGAUUCUUGGCUCAUUACGUCGUCAGCGGAAAUGUGGAAUGGGCCACGAAGGCAGGCAUCGAAGCAGCAACUAGAAUAGCUCAAGUCAACGGAUGCAAUCCUCCGCAGGAUUGUUGUCCUAUUCGUGAUUUUCCUAUUAAGUGGUGAACACACUUUUUGUGUUGAGUAAAUAUUGCUGAUUAUUUUCUAACACAGUUUGACCACAUUACUUGCCUGUUGUCACAUUUUGUUAUUGGAUGUUAUAAAAGAAAGAAUAUUAUUAAAAUAGUUAAUGUAAAAAUCUUCUUAUUAAAACACAAUUUUAAAGCGU